AUGGGCACAGUACAUGCGUCCAAAGCCGCUGACUUCGUCGAGGGCACCAGGGUCACCGUCCAUGGUUUCCUACAGAGACGGAGAGUCAAGAGCUCAAAGUUGGUCUUUGCCGACAUCCAGGUUGAGAAUGGUCCUUCGGUGCAAGUCACGGCCACGUUCAAGGAGGAUGGGAGCCCAGAGCAGUUGGCCACCAAGGCCCUGAGGGCAGUCCCUUUGUACAGUCCCGUGUGCGUGACCGGAACUGUCGCCCAGCUCAACGGCAGUCGUGUCGAUUUGAAUCUCGACGCCAUUCAACCUCUCAAUGCCUUUCCCAAAGACAUCAUCGUCUCCGAGGGCGUUCAGUUCCCUGCCUCUGCCAGGCAUCUCCAAAUCCGCUUCUCAGACCCCCUCCGCUCUCGACUGCUGGCUCGUCCCCAGAUCGGCUUCCAACUCCGGAAGACACUCAACGAUCUUGACUUUACCGAGGUGGAAACACCCAUUCUCUUCAAGUCCACUCCUGAGGGAGCAAGGGAGUUCUUGGUUCCUACCAGACGUCGCGGUCUAGCCUAUGCUUUGCCCCAAAGUCCGCAGCAAUACAAGCAGAUCCUCAUGUCGAGUGGUAUUCGUGGAUACUACCAGUUUGCCCGCUGCUUCCGUGAUGAGGAUUUGAGAGCCGAUCGGCAGCCCGAGUUCACCCAGCUUGAUAUGGAAAUGGGCUUUGCCACGGGUGAGGAUGUCAUGCGCACUGUCGAGACUCUCGUCACCGAGUUGCUCCCUGCUCUGAAUGCCCAGUUCAACAUCGUGAAAAGCGGUGAUGAUAUCUAUCCUGUACCCAAGCGCGGCCUGAAUAAUGGCGAAUCGAUCGAGGAUGGUGACAUAAAAUGGCCUGAGCCUACCGCCCCUUUCCUUCGGCUCACAUACGACGAGGCCAUGACAAGGUUCGGCAUCGACAAGCCCGACCUUCGGAUUCCCUUCGAGUUUCACCGUGUCGAGCAUAUCCUGCCCGCCCAGUUCGUUUCCAUGAUCACGCAUACCGAACAGCCUAUCGUUGAAGUCUUCCGCAUCCGUCCCCAACUCGACGGGGAAAUCACCACCCCCGGUACCAUUGCCGAGUUCGUCGACAAACUCAUGGACCAACUCCCCAAGCCCCUUGCCAAGAAUCCCGACGGAGCUCCGGCCGCUCUAAUGUUCAACUCCAAGAAGCCUCUCUGCGGCCUCUCCUCCCUUGGCUUCGAGGGCUUCGACGCCCUCACCAGCAUGGAAGAAUUCUCCGACCUUGAAGACGGUGACGUGCUCGUCUUCCAGGCGCGCAAAAACGCUCCCUUCCAAGGCGAAGGCUCCACGGCCCUCGGCGUCGCCCGCACCCACUUCUACCACUCCUUCGUAUCCGCCGGUCUCCUUCCACGCAGCUUCGACCUCAAGUUCCUCUGGGUCGUUAACUUUCCCAUGUUCACUCCUGACGACGGCAUCGACCCCGGCCAGGGCGGCCAAGCCGGGUUCAAGGCCACCCACCACCCCUUCACGGCGCCGCUUACGGAAGACGAUGUCGAGCUGCUCGCCACCGACCCACUCAAGGCGCGCGCUGAUCACUAUGACCUCGUCGUCAAUGGUGUCGAGCUCGGCGGUGGCAGCCGCCGUAUUCAUCUGUCUUCCAUGCAGGAGUACGUGAUGCGCAACAUCCUCAAGAUGACGGAUGCGGGUCUGGCCCAAUUCUCGCACCUGCUCGAGGCGUUGCGCGCGGGCUGUCCGCCGCAUGCCGGGUUCGCGCUGGGCUUCGACAGGCUGGUUGCUGUCCUGACGCACACGGAUUCCGUGAGGGACGUAAUCGCUUUCCCUAAGAGCAUGAAGGGAGAGGAUCUGACAGUCAAGAGUCCCAGCAGGAUGACCACUCAGCAGUUGGAGACUUACCACUUGGCGAUCGCGAAGAAGGAAGAGGUGAAAAAGCAGGACGUUUGA